GGACAGGAAGGCGGAGAGAGAGCAGAAGAGACGCCGAGAAACAGCAGCUUUAGACGGCAUGAGCGGAGAGAAGAGCCCGGUGUGUGGUUCUCGGUGUUCCGGUCGCUUUCGGUGGUUACACUUCCUUGUUUUCGGCAGUGCUACUACACUCGAUGUUUUCAAUACAACAGGGAGCAGCUGCAGAGACUCAUGCCUACACACAAACGCAGAAUUACACAUGGGGUUUGUACUGUCAGUCUAUGAACCGGCUAUGGAGCAAUUAAAAUGAUAUGGCCACGGCCUGCACAUUGCUUACUGAGGAUCAGUUCCAGUGCUCCAUCUGUCUGGAAGUUUUCACCGAGCCUGUCACUAUUCCAUGUGGACACAACUCCUGCAAGGCCUGUCUCACCAGGCACUGGGAAGGCAAAGAUCUGUAUAAGUGUCCACUGUGCAACGAGAAGUUCCCCAAAGAUCUCAAACUUCGGGUCAACACUGGAUUCAGGGAGGUUGUCGAAAAUGUCAAGGAACUUAAUGCAAAAGCUGACAAUGCUUGCCCUGUGAAGCCAGGAGAGGUGCCAUGUGACUGCUGCCCUGAUGACAACCAGUCCAAAGCCUCUAAAACCUGUUUGGUUUGCUUAACAUCUUUCUGUGAGACACACAUAGAGCCUCAUCUAAGAGUUGCAGCUUUAAAGAGGCACACACUGACUAAUCCUGUGCAUAACCUGGAGGACCAAAUAUGCAAGAAACACAACAGGAUGCUUGAGCGCUUCUGCAGGAAUGACCAGACAUGUGUCUGUGUCCUGUGUACAGAACACAGCACUCACGAUACAGUCCCUUUGGAGGAAGCCUAUGUAGACAAGAGGGCUCAGAUAGGGAGGAAAAAGAAGGCGGAAGUACAGGAAAUGAAGCAUAAGCAUGGAAAGAGAGCUCAUAAGAACAAGAACACGAGUCAAGGAAAAGCUGAGGCUAUGGAAAACAAUACAGUGAUACAUAACAUGAACAAUCCUCAGACUUGGGGGAUUCAAGACCGUUUUGGCAGAGUUGCUCUGAACGGGGUCCUUCCUCAAUGGAGAUGCUACUGUGAGGUUCAGGCUGAAGGGGGCUCCAGCGAGGACCCAGCAGUGGAGGGAGAGUCGAUGCAAGGGGUAAAGGUAUUCAUAGCUAAACCCAAGGAUGGAAACUGGAUCAUAAGGGCGGGAUCUCUGAAAAACGUUAUGACUCUACAUCGAGUGCCAGUGUAUCUUUUCUGCAGUCCAACAUCAGGUGAGACCUGUGUACAGAGGCUGCAACAGCAGGUUGAGAGGUUCAAAGGAUGGUCGCAAAAUCCAGAUAACGACUUCCGCUUUCGUUGUAUUUUUUAUUUUUUAAAUAUUUUUUUAAUUUUAUUCUGUGGGAUUGCAAACCAAUAUUUAAAUCAUGACAUUGGAUAAAAAAAAUAUUCCUGCUACAGUGGUAUGAAGGGUUACAACAAGCAUCUCCCUCCAGUGACAAACUCAUCUUUCACAUAUUCAAAG